ACAAAGAGACUUGCAAAUGAUUCAUUCCUUCUCUCUUUACCAAACUUCCAAAACAUUUCAAAGUCGUUGAUUUUUUUUCCAGAAAUUGGACGUGAGUUAAUUCAAAAUUCUCAGACACAGAUCCUUUUGUGGUAAUCUUAUAGUAUUCAUCAUCAUCGUUCUUUUGGUGUUGAUUACACGGCAUUAUCGAGAUAAAAAAAAACAUAAAGAGAAUCCAAAACACACACGUGAAUAAGACAAAAAGAUCCGAAGACAUGUUCUGUUGCGGAGGUGCGGAUGAGGAACCCGCAGGUCCGCCAGCUAACCAAUAUUCAGCGCCUCCUAACAAGGCCGGAAACCCCAAUUUUGGCGGCGGCGGGAACAGAGGGGAGCCGAGGAAUACAAACGCGCCGAGAUCUGGAGCUCCUGCAAAGGUUUUACCUAUAGAGAUCCCUAGUAUUCCAUUGGAUGAGCUGAACAAAAUAUCAGGUAACUUCGGAAACAAGGCACUGAUCGGUGAAGGCUCUUAUGGACGUGUCUUCCAAGCUAAGUAUAAUGGAGGUGAUAUUGCUAUUAAGAAGCUUGAUGCUAGCUCUUCUGAAGAACCUGACUCUGAUUUCACCUCACAGUUAUCGGUGGUAUCACGGCUUAAAAAUGAACAUUUUGUGGAACUGAUGGGGUACUGCUUGGAAGCAAAUCAUCGCAUUCUAAUCUACGAGUUUGCAACUAAAGGUUCCUUACACGAUGUAUUACAUGGGAGAAAGGGCGUGCAAGGGGCUGAGCCAGGACCGGUGCUGAACUGGAACCAAAGAGUCAAGAUUGCAUAUGGAGCAGCCAGAGGGCUUGAGUUCCUUCACGAGAAGGUCCAGCCACCAAUAGUCCACAGGGACGUAAGGUCAAGCAACGUCUUGUUGUUUGAUGACUUUGUGGCCAAAAUGGCUGAUUUCAACUUGACCAACGCAUCCUCAGAUACCGCCGCGAGGCUUCAUUCUACUCGUGUAUUGGGAACGUUUGGCUAUCACGCUCCCGAGUAUGCUAUGACGGGACAGAUAACACAGAAGAGUGAUGUGUAUAGUUUCGGUGUUGUGCUUUUGGAGCUGUUGACAGGAAGAAAACCCGUAGAUCAUACCAUGCCUAAAGGCCAACAAAGUCUUGUUACCUGGGCAACUCCGAGACUAAGUGAAGACAAAGUCAAACAAUGCAUAGAUCCUAAGCUUAACAAUGACUUCCCUCCCAAAGCAGUAGCUAAGUUGGCCGCCGUGGCUGCCUUAUGUGUUCAGUACGAGGCGGAUUUUCGGCCUAACAUGACCAUCGUUGUCAAGGCACUUCAGCCUCUUCUAAACUCCAAACCAGCCGGUCCUGAGUCUACUUCCUAAAUUAUCAAAUUUAACCACUUCUCUUGGUUUUGUUGCUGUUGUGGCUCUCUUUCUCUAUCGUCUUCUUGUUGUAAGAUGUUGUCAUUUUCUUUUUCUGUCAACGAGAUGUUGUCAUUCGAAUGUAACAUAAUGUUCACAGCCCUUCAUUUUUUUUUUGGUCUAGCCUGGCUACAAUGAUGAGGUAAUGCAAAAAAGUAAUAAUAAAUUUA